GUCCGUCCAAAUCUUUCAUCCGAUUGUCGAAAGCAGCGCAAUCUCCACCACGCUAUCCAAACCCCCGCAUCGGCAAGCACAAAUAUCGAACCGAAUCUAGUCGAAAUCCAAGACGGCAACCACACUGAGCUAAAUGGCUUCCCUCUCCACCACCACAAGCACCGCCGCCGGCGAAUCCCUCCGCUCCUUCGCCGGCCUUCGCCGCGAGACCCGCAUCCUGAGGGGAGUCGCGGCGGCAGACGCGCCUGGCUCCCAGCUCCGCAGACGGCAGCUCGGCGUGGUCCGCGCGAGCCGCACAAGCCCCCGUUUGAAUGGGCGCAAGCUGCGGGUGGCGGUGGUGGGCGGCGGCCCCGCGGGAGGGUCCGCGGCGGAGGCGCUGGCGAAGGGAGGGGUGGAGACGAUGCUGAUCGAGCGGAAGCUGGACAACUGCAAGCCGUGUGGGGGGGCGAUCCCGCUGUGCAUGGUGGAGGAGUUCGGCCUCCCCCUCGACCUCAUCGACCGGCGGGUGACCAAGAUGAAGAUGAUCUCCCCCUCCAACGUCGCCGUCGACAUCGGCCGCACCCUCGGCCCCGACGAGUACAUCGGCAUGGUCCGCCGGGAGGUGCUCGAUGCCUACCUCAGGGAGCGCGCGGCCGAGGCGGGGGCGUCCGUGAUCAACGGGCUGUUCCUCCGGCUGGAGCAGCUGGAGGGCCCCGGUGGCCCCUACAGGAUCCACUACAACGAGUUCUCCCCGGCGGGAGGGGGGGCGGGGGAGCGACGGACGGCGGAGGUGGACGCGGUAGUGGGGGCGGACGGGGCCAACUCGAGGGUGGCCAAGUCGAUCGGGGCGGGGGAGUACGAGUACGCCAUCGCGUUCCAGGAGCGGGUGCGCAUCCCAGAGACGAAGAUGGAGUACUACAAGGAGCGAGCAGAGAUGUACGUGGGGGACGACGUCUCGCCCGACUUCUACGGGUGGGUGUUCCCCAAGUGCGACCACGUCGCCGUCGGCACCGGCACCGUCACCCACAAGGCUGACAUCAAGAAGUUCCAGGCCGCCACGCGCCUCCGCGCCAAGGACAAGAUCGAGGGCGGCACCAUCAUCCGCGUCGAGGCUCAUCCCAUUCCCGAGCACCCUCGCCCUCGAAGGGUAUUGGGAAGAGUGGCACUUGUAGGUGACGCAGCUGGUUACGUAACCAAGUGCUCCGGCGAGGGGAUCUACUUCGCGGCGAAGAGCGGGCGGAUGUGCGCGGAAGCGAUCGUCGAGGGUUCUGAGAACGGCAGCCGCAUGAUCGACGAGGGCGACCUGAGGAAGUACCUGGAGAAGUUCGACAAGAUGUACUGGCCGACGUACAAGGUGCUCGACGUGCUGCAGAAGCUGUUCUACCGCUCCAACGCGGCCAGGGAGGCGUUCGUGGAGAUGUGCGCCGACGAGUACGUGCAGAAGAUGACCUUCGACAGCUACCUGUACAAGAAGGUCGUGCCGGGGAACCCCCUCGACGACCUCAAGCUCGCCGUGAACACCAUCGGCAGCCUCGUGAGAGCCACCGCCUUGAGGAGGGAGAUGGAAAAGCUCACCUUGUAAACUGGAAGAGACCACAGGAGAGGUUCUUAUGACUGCAUGCUAUUGAACUAGAGAUGAUGUUGUUGCAAGCAGGCAUUUGCUGUAAUUCUCAUUCAGUGGCAAUUAAUUGAUGCAAAUACUUCUUUGCA